CGAUCAGUUGACCCUUCUCUUUUAGAUAGAUGUUUUGAAGCCUAGAUACCUUGGACACGUUCCCAUUCGCCACGCUUCGUCCUUUCCUCCUCCGUCUCCUUACUGGUCUGUACAUGAAUUGAGACUGAAACCGAGUCGGACAACUAUCACUCUUGUCAAACAUGGCACCUGGGUUGAUCGAUCCCGAGCCUGCCGUCUCGCCAGCGGCCUCGCGUACCCUCUCCUCGAUCACCGAAGAAUACGAUGACACGCUACGAUUCUAUCUAAACGGCACCAAGGUCGUACUCGACACAGCAGACCCGGAGGUCACACUACUCGAGUAUCUGCGUGGUAUUGGCUUGACUGGAACAAAGCUUGGUUGUGCCGAGGGAGGCUGCGGUGCGUGCACAGUAGUCGUAUCACAGUUCAACCCUACAACCAAGAAGAUAUACCAUGCUUCAGUCAACGCAUGUCUGGCUCCUUUGGUCAGCGUCGACGGCAAGCAUGUCAUUACCGUUGAGGGUAUUGGCAGUGUGAAGAACCCACACCCUGUACAGGAGAGAAUAGCAAAAGGAAAUGGAAGUCAGUGCGGUUUCUGUACGCCUGGCAUAGUUAUGAGUCUUUACGCCCUUUUACGAAACACGCCCGAACCGACCGAACAUGAGAUUGAAGAAGGAUGCGAUGGUAACCUCUGUAGAUGCACAGGAUACAGGCCCAUCCUCGACGCCGCCCAAACAUUCAAGAAGACAUCACCGAGCGGUGGCUGCUGCAAAGACAAUGGCGAGGCCGUGUCCACCGAAGGAGGCUGCUGCAAGACAAACGGCAAUGCCACCAAGAUUACACCUCCAUCGAAUGGAUGUGGAAGAGUAGGAGGCUGCUGCAUGGACGGCAAGGACAUGGCCGAUGACCAGCCCAUCAAGCGUUUCACACCUCCCGGUUUCAUCGAAUACAACCCCGACACACAACUCAUCUUCCCCCCGGCAUUAAAGAAGCACGAGCUCAAGCCAUUGGCUUUCGGCAACAAGAAAAAGAAGUGGUUCAGACCAGUCACACUCCAGCAGUUGCUAGAGAUCAAGAGUGUAUACCCUUCAGCCAAGAUCAUUGGUGGCUCGUCAGAGACUCAGAUCGAGGUCAAGUUCAAGGGUAUGCAAUACACAGCCUCCGUAUUUGUUGGUGACAUUGCAGAGCUGCGUCAAUAUGAGUUCCAUGAUGACUACCUAGAAAUUGGUGGCAACGUCGUCUUGACCGACCUUGAGCAGAUUGCUCGUGAUGCGAUCGAACGCUACGGACCUUCCAAGGGACAGCCCUUCAAGGCUAUGCUCAAGCAACUCAAGUACUUUGCCGGACGCCAAAUCAGAAACGUCGGUACACCAGCUGGAAACUUGGCUACGGCUUCUCCUAUCUCCGAUUUGAACCCCGUUUUCAUGGCUACCAAUGCCAUCAUUGUCGCCAAGUCGCUCGAAGAGACGACUGAGAUCCCUAUGUCAGACUUCUUCAAGGCAUACAGAUUGACUGCUCUGGCUCCUGACGCCAUCAUCGCAAGCAUCAAGAUUCCUAUCUUCAAGGAGAAACACGAAUACAUGAGGGCAUACAAGGUUUCCAAGAGAAAGGACGAUGACAUCGCUAUCGUCAAUGCUGCUCUUCGUGUCGUCCUGAACGACUCGAACGACGUCGAAGACUGCAGUCUUGUAUAUGGUGGCAUGGCCCCCGUCACAAUCUCUGCUAAGGAAGCCGUCAAGGCUCUCACUGGCAAGAAGUUUACUGAUCCAAAGACCCUGGAGGCUGUUAUGAAUGCUUUGGAGAAGGACUUUGAUCUGAGAUUUGGUGUCCCUGGUGGUAUGGCAACAUACCGCAAGUCAUUGGCUCUUGGCUUCUUCUACCGUUUCUACCACGAGAUUCUGUCUGAGCUUCCGGUCAAUGAUGCUGCUGUCGACCCAGAUGCAAUUGGAGAAAUUGAGCGCAUCAUCUCCUUCGGUAAGAAGGAUCACAAGGCUGGAGAAGCCUAUGAGCAGAAGAUCCUCGGUAAGGAGCAACCACACGUGGCAGCUAUGAAGCAGAGUACUGGAGAAGCACAAUACACCGACGACAUUCCCGUCCAGAAGAACGAGCUCUAUGGAUACAUGGUUUUGUCGACCAAGGCACAUGCCAAGAUCACUGGCGUAGACUUCGAGCCAGCCCUGGGAAUUCCUGGUGUCAUUGAGUGGGUCGAUCACAGAGACCUACCUAACCCUGAAGCAAAUUGGUGGGGUGCACCUAUAUGUGACGAGACCUUCUUUGCUGUGGACGAAGUCUUCUGCGCCGGUCAGCCCAUUGGUAUGAUCUUGGCCAACUCAGCCAAGCUUGCCGAAGCUGGUGCUCGCGCUGUCAAGGUUGAGUACGAGGAGUUACCAGCUAUCUUCACCAUCGAAGAAGCUAUUCUCGCGGAAAGCUACUUCAACCAUUACAGAUACAUCCAGAAUGGCGAUGUUGACAAGGCAUUCGCGGAGGCUGAUCAUGUGUUCACUGGUGUCGCUCGUAUGGGUGGUCAGGAGCAUUUCUACUUGGAGACCAACGCCUGUGUUGCUGUGCCCAAGCCCGAAGACGGCGAGAUGGAGAUUUUCAGCAGCACUCAGAACCCUUCAGAAACACAGACAUAUGUUGCCCAGGUGACUGGAGUUGCAGCGAACAAGGUCGUUUGUCGUGUGAAGCGUCUUGGUGGUGGUUUUGGUGGCAAGGAGACACGCUCUAUCCAACUUGCAGGUAUCUGUGCUGCAGCUGCUAAGAAGGUUGGUCGACCUGUCCGCUGUAUGCUCAACCGCGACGAGGAUAUUUUGACUUCAGGUCAAAGACAUCCAUUCCUUACUCGCUGGAAGGUAGCGGUCAACAAGGACGGUAAGCUUCAGGCUUUGGACGCCGAUGUCUUCAACAACGGAGGUUGGAGUCAGGAUCUUAGUGGUGCAGUCGUCGAUCGUGCUCUUGCUCACAUCGACAACGUCUACAAGAUCCCCAAUGUGUUUGUUCGUGGUCGCAUUGCCAAGACCAACACUGUAUCCAACACCGCUUUCCGCGGCUUUGGUGGACCUCAGGGCAUGUUCAUCGCUGAGAGUUUCAUGUCGGAAAUUGCGGAUCAUCUCAGCAUGGAUGUUGACGAUCUUCGCGAGAUCAACUUGUACCAACCUGGCGACAAGACGCACUACUUGCAAGAGCUCAAAGACUACUACGUACCUCUGAUGUACAAGCAAGUCAAGGAAGAGUCCAAUUAUGCUCAGAGAAAGAAGGAAGUCGCAGCCUACAACGAGAAGAGCAAGUACUUCAAGCGCGGUAUUUCGCUAAUUCCAACCAAAUUCGGUAUCUCAUUCACCGCACUUUUCCUGAAUCAGGCAGGUGCGUUGGUACACAUCUACCACGACGGGUCUGUACUCGUCGCGCACGGUGGAACAGAAAUGGGUCAAGGUCUGAAUACCAAGAUGAUCUCUAUCGCUGCCGAAGAUCUCUGUGUCGCCAUGGAAGAUGUCUUCAUCUCUGAGACUGCCACCAACACUGUCCCCAACACGUCAUCCACCGCUGCUUCAGCGUCUUCCGAUCUCAACGGCUAUGCCAUUCACAACGCUUGCGCCAUUCUGAACGAGCGUCUUGCUCCAUACAGGGAGAAGCUCGGCCCCAAGGCCACCAUGAAGGAGCUUGCCCAUGCCGCUUACUUCGACCGUGUCAACCUCUCCGCCCAAGGCCACUACAAGACACCAGACAUCGGCUAUGUUUGGGGCCCCAAUACCGGCCAGAUGUACUUCUACUUCACCCAAGGUGUUGCAGCCGCCGAAAUUGAGAUCGACACUCUCACUGGCGAAUGGACUUGUCGCCGCGCCGACAUCAAAAUGGAUGUAGGUCGCAGUAUCAACCCUGCCAUUGACUACGGUCAAAUAGAGGGUGCUUUCGUCCAAGGCAUGGGUCUCUUCACAAUGGAAGAAUCACUCUGGCACCGUGCCUCUGGUCAAAUUUUCACCCGCGGCCCUGGCGCCUACAAGAUCCCCGGUUUCCGCGAUAUCCCUCAAGAAAUGAACGUGUCCUUGCUCAAGGAUGUGAACUGGGAAAACCUUCGCACUAUUCAGAGAUCUCGUGGUGUAGGUGAACCACCACUGUUCAUGGGAUCUGCUGUAUUCUUCGCCAUCAGAGAUGCAUUAAAGGCUGCUAGAAAGCAAUGGGGUGAAGAGGAGCUGCUUGAAUUACAUUCGCCGGCUACGGUCGAGAGAAUUAGACUUUCUUGCGCGGAUCCUAUUAUCAAGAGAUCGAUGGUCAAACCUCAGGAGGGUGAGAAGAGUUUCUUCAUGAGCAUUUAAGGUGGUGUGUUGGAUAGGCAUUGGCGUUUUGGAUGUGUAGAUAUCAUUGAUUAAAUCACUCGAUUCUUGUUCACACCACUGUGUCUUGUUUAAAAUGUAUCCUUUGAGUCGUUCCUCAUAGCCGCAGCUUAGCUUUGGGCAAAGUGAACUCUCUUCUG